UUUGGGGGGCAAAAGUAGAGAGACGAGGUGGGAGAAAAGCCAUCGAAGAAUGAGAUUGGUCUUCUGCGCUGCCACUCAACCCACACUAGUUUCACUCUUACCUGCUCAAGUACUAUUUCCUCACCAACCCCCCCUCUCACUUUCCGCUUCUCCUCCUUCCCCUUCUCGUUCUCUAACUACCUCUAACCGUAAUUUAACCGCCAGAUGGGUAACUGCGGCACCCGCGAGGAAUCUGCUGUCGUCACCAAUGCUCAAGUUCAGCAGCUGAGCUCCUUGCCGUCGUCGGUGAAGGGCGACAAGACCAAGAAUCACAGCCGCUCGAUUUCAGAUCUGAGCGAUCCUUCCACUCCACGCAACUUCGAGGACGCGCGGAAGAAUGCCGUGCUCUACACGCACGUCAUCUCCUUCACCCUCUACGAGCUCGAGACCAUCACCAAGAGCUUCCGGUCUGACUACAUCUUGGGCGAGGGAGGCUUCGGGACUGUGUACAAGGGCUACAUUGAUGAGAAUGUGAGGGUGGGGCUGAAAUCGCUCCCGGUGGCCGUCAAGGUCCUCAAUAAAGAGGGCCUUCAGGGCCACCGGGAGUGGCUGACCGAGGUCAACUUCCUCGGCCAGCUCCGCCACCCCAAUCUGGUCAAGCUGAUCGGGUACUGCUGUGAGGAAGACCACAGAUUGCUUGUGUAUGAGUUCAUGUUCCGCGGGAGCCUUGAAAAUCACUUGUUCCGGAAGGCGACUGUUCCAUUGUCGUGGUCGAGGAGGAUGCUGAUUGCUCUUGGAGCUGCCAAGGGGCUUGCUUUUCUUCACAAUGCUGAGAGGCCGGUGAUUUAUAGAGACUUCAAGACUUCUAAUAUCUUAUUGGACUCUGAUUAUACUGCAAAGCUAUCUGAUUUUGGGCUGGCUAAAGCUGGACCCCAAGGGGAUGAGACCCAUGUGUCAACUAGAGUGAUGGGCACCUAUGGCUAUGCAGCCCCUGAGUAUGUAAUGACUGGCCACCUGACGGCUAGGAGUGAUGUAUACAGCUUUGGAGUCGUUCUUCUUGAGCUUUUGACAGGAAGGAGAUCGGUUGACAAGACCAGACCAAGCAAGGAGCAGAACUUGGUAGAUUGGGCACGACCAAAACUGAAUGACAAGAGAAAGUUGCUACAAAUAAUCGACCCUAGGUUAGAUCAGUACUCAACCAGGGCAGCACAGAAAGCCUGCAGCUUGGCAUACUACUGCCUCAGCCAAAACCCCAAAGCAAGGCCCUUAAUGAGUGAUGUAGUAGAGACUUUGGAACCGCUACAAAGUUGUAACGAUCCAAGUGAAUCAUCCUUGGGUGGACCGUUUGCCAUGAGUAGACUUCCUGAUUAUCGAAUGCGUCAAAGGUUUUCUAACAACGUAGGACCAGGUGCUAUUUGUCGAUCUCCAAACCCAAAUAUUUCUCCUGGAGGUCCUGCAGCAUGCAGAGUUAGAUGAGACUGUAUCUUUUAUGUAUACUUGUUUGUAUGCUAUCUCCCCCAACCGUUUUUGCAAUGACAAAACUUGCUUGUUGUAUUAAGGGUGCAUAUGUCUCGUUGUAUUGGUUUCAUAGUAGUUCCUCUAGUUAAUAAUCUUGGUUAACUGAGUUUGCUUGUGUAUUCAG